UCUCUGCAUUCGUUUAGAAUCGCAAAAUUAAACUUUAGUACAACUGGCAAAAGGAAUAAAAGCGAGACAUUUAGGAAGUGUAAUGCGAUUACCCAAAUUAAUAUUAGGCUAACAGUUGUCUUUAACUCAUUGGCACGUUUGUACAGACCACAUCUUCUUUGACAGGCACAGACUAAGAUAGAAUCAUCAAAGGUAGAAAAGUCACAUGUUCGUGUCGUUGUAACAAGUUAUUGGAUUGAUUAGUUACAAAGGCUAAAGACGUAAACAUUUUUUGUGAAUAUACUCUAUGGAAGUACCUAUUGAACUGGUGCUUAGUACGUUAUUAGAAACGGAUCACUACGAGAGCCUUAUUAAGGAUUUGACGUGUACAAAAUGUGCAAAGUACAUGAAACCUCCGAUCCACCUGUGCGUUGAUGGACAUAGCUUGUGUGGCCCUUGCUUUGAGAAGAGUUAUCAGUGCCAUCUAUGUAAGAAAGAGUUCUCUCUGGUUCGUCCGAUGGUUUUGGAGUCUUUGGCGAAUAAAGUUUUGUUCCCGUGCACUAAUGCAGGAUGUCCGAAACACGCGAACCUGCCGAUGCUGGAGAAACACAUUCCCCAUUGUCAAUUCAGAAUCAUUAAUUGUUUUAUGGCACGAGUUUAUGGUGACUGUUCGUGGGAAGGUCGUGCAGGGGAAUGGAUGGAUCAUUGUUUCCUUGAACAUAAACAGAAAGUGACGGAACUACCGUUUAUUACUGUUAAGGACAAAUGGGAUGCAAAGAGGACGGAACCUGUACUUAAUUAUUUCCUUAUGAAAUGUUACGAAAGAGUGUUCAAUGUUUAUCAAAUCUAUGAUAAAAGAGGAGGUAGAAUGAUGUGGACUGUUCUGGUAAACGAUGAUAAUGCUGAUAAAUUUUAUUUCGAAGUUGAUUUAUUUUUACCAAAUAUACCGAGCAAAAGAAUCGUCUACAGGCGACCCUGUAAAUGCGAAAAGGAUGCAGAUUUCUUAGAACACACACAGAACGUGUACAUUCCGGUUGAAAAUGUUUUUUCAAUGCUAGAUGACAGCGAAUCGAUGAAUUUUACUGUAAGAAUUGGUGAAGUUGAGAAUUUGCCGAUGCUCGAAACUCCUACUGGAAGUGAAAGUUUAAUUCUUCUUCAUCAUGAGGACGUGAAAGAUCAAAUUCAUUAGAACAGACUUGGGAACUACAAACUAAGCAGUGCAGAGGCUAGUUAUCAUUUGUUUUAAUGUUAUACUGGUCAUUUUUUUAGUUUUAAAAUACUUUGAACAUAGUGUUUUAAAAAGAUGUACUUAUUUAUUGAUAGUAAUAGGUAGAAAAAUGACUUACGUAUUUAGUGUUUAUUACAAGCCCUUGUAAACGAUUUUUCGUUGAAUAAUUACAAAUAGAAUUACUAUUUUUAAUGUCAAAAUAUUGUGAAAAUAAAAGAAGAAUACGAAACCAGUGAACACAUUACUCCCCUUUAACCACGAAAAAUGUAGUUUAAUACCAUCCAUCGGAUCAAAGAAAGUUUGAGUUUCCUCUCCUUAAUUCUUGCUAGAAUAAGAUAAAGUUUUUAUGUCGUUGUUUGUUUAACAAGGCUUUCCUUUUUUAUUACCGUCGCGCGAGCAAAAUGUUGUUACAAAAAGUAUUCACAGUCGCAUUACCUAGCAGUUAUUAAAGAUAUAUUUUUAAUCUGUCCUCGUUUUUUACAAGAGCUUAUUCCGACUUAUAAUAAAUCCGCCAGUCUUCAUAUUUAGGUUAUGAUAUCGACACUGGCAUUAAAGUAUUUCACAAUUGUAAGAAAAUUUUAGCAGGUAUUAUUUCUGACUUCGGUUUGAGUUAAUCUAAGUAGACGUUAAUAGUGCAAAUUUAA